UAUGAGCAGUAAAAACCACAGAGAGAGAAAGUCACAUUGCUCUGCGCCACAAAUAUUUUCAAAUAAUCCACACACUUUACUGAGGACACAGAGGAGUUGAGGCAAAUGCAUGCAUGCAAGGAAGAGGCUGAUUGGCUGAGGAGAGUAUUUCAUUCCAAUAUAAAAAAGAAUGAAAAACAGUUAGGUCUGUAAUUAUUGUUAUUUAUGUAAAAUGUAUUGAAAUUAAAUUGCAAUGUCAAAAGUCGAGGGGUGUUUAUUAAGGCUGUUUACAUUUGACUGGCUUCAGCGUCUGUGUGCGAUAGGCACACACAGUAUUGGAGCAAUAUGUGCCUCAGUCAGUGUGCAACAUUUUUGUUUACCACUAGAGUUCGAUGUUUAAUCACUUUCUAACAGCCAUUUCGCAACGUCAAGACCACUGAGGAUCAUCGCAAGCUCUUCCUACUAGUGCGGCUGACAGUGACACAAGAAGGCAGUAACCUUAAAUUGAGACUCAGAACUUGGGAAGAACAAUUUCAGAAGGGAUCGCGAUUUAUUUGUAGUCUGUAUCCACACGGAAACCUGUUCCCAUUCUACCUUCAAUUAGAAUUCGUCAAAGGUAAGUCCGUGGUCGUUUUCUGGCUCGACUUGAGAGCAGUUAACUAUACUGAGUGAGAUUUUUUUUUAACUGAAUAACAGAAUAACGUGAUUAACAUAUUUCUACGAGUGGUAGCAGUUGAUUACACUGACAUAUUGCCCAUUAUGUGCAACAAAGAUAGUUAAAAGGUGAAAAUGUUUGGCAUACCUGAUGUUGGUAAAUCUGUCAGUUUAAGAUGAAUAUCCAGUGUAAAGGCAGUGCGCAUAUUUAUGUAUUACUGUCUUUCUCAGAUAAUUUGAAUGUGUGUUUUCUAAUAUGCAAAAACACUUAAAUUGAAACUUUUCAACCUGGACCGUAUUUUUAGGUCUUAUUCAAUCCAAAUUUUACUCUUUGACAAGGGCUCAAGUUUUUGUCCUAACUGGACUCAUUUAUUAUUUCAGUAUUUAAAUUAACAUUCACAUUUCUUAUGAGUACAUUUUCACCCAAUGGUAAUUAAGCUACUCUGAUUUGAGUGUAGGGGGGUAAUGAGAAUUAGGACAGAGAGGCAAUCGUGAGACAGAGAGGGAUGAUGAAGAAAACAAACAAGAGACAGAUCCAGAGAGAGGUGGGUGGGACUCGACAUCACUGAAGAAUGGUCCAUCUUGGGCAACUUCUGGACUAACCACUUCCACAUUAUCACACUCAAACAUCUGGCCAGAGUUCAGCCUCUUCCCACCCGUGCUUCUGUGCUUUCCUCUGAACUUCUCCCUCUUCUCCGUUCCCUUUAAUGUAAUUGCGUGGCUUUAUCACAGUUACUGACUAAGAGGGUUUCAUAAAAAGUUAUUGUGGCCAUAAGCCAAAAAAAAAAAAAAUACAUGGCAUUAGGGACAAGGAAGGCAUCAACAAGAAAGGGUCAGUUUCUCUUCCUGGGUGCAGUUUUUUUGGUUAAAUAAUUAAUCAGAAUGUGCUCUGAAAACUGUUCUUUCACUGACCUGCUGGUCAUUUCAGGUUUGUGCAACUUCCAGCAGCAACCAUGGCCGACUCUGUUCCCCCUGCCAGUGGCUUUGUUGUUGUCACUCAUGUGUACCCACAACAAGGUGCCCAAAGUGUCACUUUACCCCAGAGCGGAGUUGUUCCACCAGCCUCCUCUAUGCUUGGGAAAUUCCUUAAAGGAGAACCAACAGCUCUGGGGCAUUUAUUUUCCACAGACAGUUCAAAUUAUGAUUGGGGUGGUUGUCUUCCUCUUCGGUAUCGUGACUGCAUUUUAUGCAUCAACAAUAUCCACUUUCUCUGGCAUCAUGUUCUGGGGAGCCAUCAUUUACAUCACUGCUGGUUCUCUCACGGUUAGAGCCAAUAAGAAGCUCAAUCAGUGUUUGGUCAAGGCAUCACUUGGGAUGAAUAUCUUAAGCACAACAACUGCAGGGAUUGCCAUAAUUUUGCAUAGCUUGGAUUUAACCGUCUCAAUAUACCCUUAUAACGCCUGUUAUGGUGAAAGCUAUUACUGCCGAAGGAACAAUGCAUUAUUAUGGGGGAUUGCUGGAGUGAUGCUGGUGUUGUCACUGCUGGAGUUCAUUGUCUCCAUAUGGGUAUCUGCGUUUCCCUGCAAAGCCACCUGCUCUUCUAACACUGAGCAGGUGGUAUACGUUUCAAGCCAGGUGCCCCCCUCUUUUCCUACCUCCCAACCGUCUGCACCUCCACAGAGUACACAGAUGCCUUUCUUCCCAACCAGUGUGGUUCCUCCUCUUCAAAACUGCAGUGUCCAUGGUUGAAGAAGUGGAAAAUCUGAAUAUGAAAAUGAUUGAUAAUGUUGCUCUAUUGUCUGCAGCAUCAAAUCAUUGCCAUUUUAUUACACAUGGGUGCUUAUUUUAAUUAAAAUAAUUACAUUCAAA